AUGAGCGAACCUCAGACCCCCCAGACCGCUCACGGAGACGGAGUUAGCCCUCACGAUGGAGGUUCCGGCACGACAUCGUCCACUCCAGCUCCGACAAUUUCCACGACUACGACCCUACGACUCCCGUCGUUUUGGAUCAAGAAUCCAAAGACCUGGUUUCGACAAGUCGAAGCGCUCUUCCAGGCCCGUCGCAUCCAGAACCAGAUGACGAAGUACUGUGAAGUGCUGCCGCUUAUCCUCCCGGUGCUCAUCGACGACAUUGAUGACGUUCUUUCGUCGAUACGGCCUGACAACGCGUAUGAUACCUUGAAAUCUGCCAUUGUCUCGCGCACGACGGUUUCAGAGCGAGCGAGGAUACAGCAGCUCCUUACGACUAACGGGCUUGGCGACCGCCGUCCGUCGCAGCUCCUACAUCGUAUGAGACAGCUCCUGUUUGAUCGAUCAGACGACCACUCCGCGAUCCUCCGCGAGCUCUUCCUCAACCGACUUCCGCAAGAUGUACGACUCAUCUUGGGUGGGAGCGACGAUGUUGCCUUUGAACGUUUGGCCGACCUCGCUGACCGCAUCACAGAUUAUGCUUCAGCCGGCGUGGCAACAGUGCGUUCCCCUACCGCCGCGCCGCCUCCGGCGACUAGCGAACUGGAAGGUACCAUCGCCCGUUUGGCGGGGGAAAUGGAAAAAAUGUUGACGCAACUGGCCGAUCUGCAAGCAAGUCUUCACGGCCAAACUCGCAGGCCCCGAUCGAACAGUCGCCGACGCCCCCGCGCAUCGUCGCAGCAGCGUACCCAGAGCCCCCAGUAUUGCUGGUAUCACCGACGCUUCAAACAUCGUUCCACGCGUUGCCAAGCCCCCUGCAGUUGGCAGGAAAACUCUACGGCCGGUCAGUAA